AUGAAACUCGAAAUCGAGACAAGACAACUCCAACGGUCUUGGAAGGAAUUCCAAGAAUCGUUACGCUAUCAAGAACAAAAACAGCAACCAGAGGAUCUGAUCAGAGAAAUCGAGGCUGCUAUUGAGUAUUGGUCCACGCAUCGACAGCGAGUUUUGUUCCGCAAAUCAAUCAAAUGGGCUCAGGAAUGUCUCGGGACCAUGGAUGGGCAUGCUAUCCUAAUGCAGGCCUUGCCAGACCCGAAGCGCUAUUGCGAUUUGUUCUUUGGGGUUGUAUACUCCAUCGUUAGGGCCGCACGCGAACAAUACCGAGUAGCAGAAGCCUUUCUCAAAUUCCUGGCUCGAAUUAACCAUGCCGUCACCUCAGCAGUUCAAAUCAGCUCGACGACCGAGAUGGUUGCCACGCUAUAUGGCCAAAUCUUUCUAUUUCUAGGCGAAUUUCUUCGCGACUACGUCGCCAAAGCCCGCUGUCGGCUACUGUACAGCCACAACGAGGAUUUCAAAUCUAAUUUCAAGAAUCUGGUUACCAGUGUCGAGAAUCUAGCUGCUAUGAGACUUGAGUCAGCGGCCGAAUCUAUCGACUGUGCAAAUUCUAAAUCAUGUGCCACAUUCAACCAUGUUGAUCAUGCACGAUUGGAAAAAGUGGGAUUGGAAGGAGACGCUCGAAGACAUGCAUCGCAGACAACAACGGUGUGGCAGUUGAUCUGGAAUCAGCGACAGCAGAAGCUUUUAAACGACAGGCUUGCCGCCGAGCAGACCAGAAUAUUGGAAGCGUUUCUCGCCUCACUACAAGCCCAAGUGCAUCAAAUCGAGAUUGAUAAUGAUGGUCACCGGUCCGGCAACAGUGGUAUGCUCCCCAUGUCUACUAGAGGGAGGAAUACUGACAAAGAAGUCGUCCACAAAACAACCCGAGCCCACGACUCAUCCAAAACGACCCCCAAACGCCGUCUCCUCAAAGUUAUCCUACAGCAAGACUCUUCUCCACUACAAGACUACUUCGAUAAUAACGAACAAAUCCACCCGUUUGGUCGAGACCAGCGUCUUGAGAUUUCGUCGUCAAUUGCCAGGGCUUUAUUCGAUUGGACUCAGACUAACCCCUCCCUCCCUCUCGCCAUCGAGGGUUCUCGACCUUUGGGCUUACCUGGACGACUGACUUUGGUAUCAGCAUGUUACAUAUCCGUCGCACGCAAACAAAAUAUCCCCGUCAUAUCCCACUUUUGUGCUGCAUCACCACGCACCAACAACAAAGCAGGGCUUAUCGCACUUAUUUACAGCCUUAUUCGACAACUCAUCGAACUCGUGCCUCCAAUGCUGGAUUGUGAUAGUAACUGCGACCUAAGUGGUGAGCGCUUCCGUCGACUGAACGGCACAAUAGCGUCGUGGAAUGAUGCUCUUGCGAUUCUGGAUACACUGCUACGGUACAGACCUCCCGUAUUGUUUUGUGUUAUUGAUGCGCUGGAUGUGUUGGAGGGGUCUGGGGAUGAGGGGUUAUACCAGUAUGUGAGGGGGCUUGUGACGACGCUUAGUUCGCAUAAUACGCGUCUACCGACGAGUUCGCAGACCCCUGCUAUUACAGUGACGACAACGGCGACGGAAACCCCGGACUCUGGCAACGAUACAGGCACGACGACCGUAACAUCAGCAUCAUCCGACCAAGCACCCAGCCCGAGUCCGAACGGCUUGUUCAAAGUUCUCUUGACGACGGCAGGAAAAAGCAAAGCCGUGCAGGAACUAUUCGUCGACCAGGGGUUAGGGCAGGUCAUUACGACCAUGGACACGGAGCAUGUCAAGGUUGUUGAUGUCAGCCCUGCUCCUGUCGUUGCCGCUGCUGUUGGCGCUGAUGAAGACGUCACCAUGGCCGAUGCAUAA